AUCGAUUUUAUUUUAUAAUAAAAAAAUUGUAUAUAUCCUUUUUAUACUAAUCUAAGUUUAUACUUAUAGAAUGAUAUCUAACUUCUAUUCUUGGAUAAGUUCAUUAAGCUAUGAAAUUCGUUGACACAUUAUAUCAUAGAGCUGCAAAGGAAGAUUGUCUGGAUUUAUUAAAAAGAUCGAACACAAAAGAUCUCAAUUCACCUGAUCAUAACGGGAUGACGCCCACCCACUGGGCAGCAUUUUAUGGAAACAUUGAUUCCUUAAGAAUUAUAGCCGGAAAAAGCGGUGAUAUAGAAAAACCGGACAAAAUCGGAAACACGGCUAUGCAUUAUGCCUCAAUGAAUGGGCAUUUAAAUUGCGUAUCAUUUUUAGUAUCUUUCAGUGCAAACUUAUGGGCGUUAAACAAUGAAUAUAAAACAGCUCUGGAUUUAGCAGCCCUAAGAGAUCACUACAUAAUCGUCAAAUAUUUGGACACAAAAAUAUCGCAAAGAAUUGGCAUAGAUGGUUCAAAGGUCACCAGAUUAAAAGCCAAGAGUUUAAAAGAGGCAUCAAAACGAAUAAAAUCAAGCAAAUACUUGCAUAGUAAUAAAAGCAUAAAUACUUCGUUUGUCAGAAAUUAUCAACCAAAUUUUGACAAUAUUAAUUACACUCUUAAAAGUGAUACUUACUCAGUCCCUAACUUUAAUGGUAAUAAGUCAUCGUUAGAUUCUCGUACAGUGUCAGCACAAAAUCCUUUAAUCGAAAAACUAUUUAAGAAAUUAAAUAUGAAUUCAUUAAGCACAAUUAAAUCGACAUUGAAUAAAUCUGUUAAAGAGGAUAAUUAUGCCUCAUCCAAUACACCACAUAAGCAUUUUUCAAGUUUCAUCAAUGGGGAUCAAUUUGAUACAUUUGUUUCUAAAAGUCAAGAUAAAAUUAUGGGUCACAGGGAUAAUUAUCGUCAAACUUCACCAAAGAUCCACAAUCCAUUUACCAGAUAUUUUCCAAAUUUUAAUAAUUCGGAUGAAAAAGGUUUUAAUGGUGGAUCCAAUAAUAUCGAACAGACAUUAACUCCAAGAUCUAUCAAAAAGAUAUUUACAAAUAAAUUCUCGGUAAAUGACGAUACAGAACCUUUUACCUCGAGAAAAUCGGAUAUUCAAAACUCAAGAUGUUGA